UUCUCUUAGACCUUGGUAAACACUACCUGCCUUCCAUUUGGACAUCUGUCCAUCUCUGUGUUCAUCUUUCAGAAGCCGCCCCUCCAGCCGCCACCAUUCUGUGCUGCAAGGCAGACCCCAAGAUGUCCUCCAAUGGAGACCUCAGUGAUCUGGGGAGCUGUGACAGCUUCUGGGAGCCGGGGAAUUACAAGCGGACUGUGAAGCGGAUUGAUGAUGGCCACAGGCUAUGUAGUGACCUGGUCAGCUGCUUCCAGGAGCGGGCCAAGAUCGAAAGGAGCUACGCCCUGCAGCUCAGCGACUGGGCUAAGAAAUGGAGAGGGGCUGUCGAGAAAGGCCCUCAGUAUGGGACUCUGGAGAAGGCAUGGCAUGCCUUCAUGCAGGCAGCAGAGCGUUUGAGCGAGCUCCACAUGGAUCUGCGAGAGCACCUGGCGGGGGAGGACAGCGAAAAGGUGCGCAGCUGGCAGAAGGAAGGCUUUCACAAACAGAUGAUGGGAGGCUUCAGGGAGACCAAGGACGCUGACGAUGGCUUCCGCAAAGCCCAGAAGCCAUGGGUCCGCAAACUGAAGGAGGUGGAGUCCAGUAAGAAGAGUUAUCACCAGGCUAGGAAGGAGGAGCGUACGGCGAUCACCAGGGAGACACAUGCCAAGGCCGACCCCUCCAAGUCCCAGGAGGAAGUCCGCAAGUACACCGCCCGGGUGGAGCGCUGCAGCCAGGAGGCCGAGAAGGCCAAGGACCGCUAUGACAAGGCCCUAGAGGAGUUGAAUCGUUGUAACCCGCGGUACAUGGAGGACAUGGAGCAGGUGUUUGAUCUUACCCAGGAGGCUGAGCGCAAGAGGCUGUGCUUCUUUAAAGAGGUUCUUCUGGACAUCCACACACACCUGGACCUUUCCUGCAAAGAUGGGUUCAAAGGCCUGUACCGCGACCUUGGUCAGACCAUCAAUGCAGCCAAUGAUGUGGAAGAUCUGAGAUGGUGGAGGAACACCCAUGGACCUGGCAUGAGCAUGAACUGGCCUCAGUUUGAGGAGUGGUCUCCGGAAGCCAGUCGUUCCAUCAGCAGGAAGGACAGGAGUGGUCACGAGGAUGAGAACGUGGUCACACUCACCAACAUUGUGUCCUCCGGGGGAGAAGAGGCUCCACCCAGCCCCUGCAUUCAGGACACUGGCAGGGAGAAAGACUAUUCAUCAGACUGGUCGGACGAUGACAGUCCUAAGAAGGCUCUCGCUGUGAACGGUGUGGGCGAGCAGGAGGAUGGUGGGGUGAAGGUAGUGGGAGUGCGCGUACGUGCACUCUAUGAUUACAGCGGCCAGGAGGCUGAUGAGCUCAGCUUUAGAGCAGAACCACGGAGGUGUUGAAGGCGAGAGAGACGCUGUUUUAUUUCAGUAACUAGUGCAGAGCCUGUUUGGGUGUAAUCCCCCCUCCGACCACAGUGUGGGUUGCAAUGGCACCAUGGCGCUGUUCGUCCAGUCGCCACGAGGAAGACAGACAGACAGACAGACAGACAGAUUUCUUCCAUUGUAGUUAGAUAAUAAUAGUAGUACACUUUAUUGCUGAUAGAAAAUAUGUUCAAAGACAAUUUUACUAAUCCACCCUCCCGUGCGGAAUAAGUAUAAUGAGUACUUUUCUAUUUUACAAAGGUGAGAGGGAAAAUAAAGUCCUUUAUAAAUGUUGUUUCUGCCUUUUCUGACCAGGAAAACGAAAAAUGCCGUAUGUGGAUUUUGAAAUGAAAGUUAAAUCACUAUUCCGGUUUCAUUCCUUUAACUUCUGUUUCUGAAAACAAUAAAACGACCACUGCAAUCACCUCGC